AUGGCACUGGCUCCGAGCUCACCUCGUUUGCCGAGCCCGCCGCCGCCGGCCGAGAUUCAAAUCGGCCCCAAAUCCCCCUCGGGAAGCGGCAGCACGGUGAACGCGCAGAGCACGCAGGCUGAGCUUACGGCGCUCGAUGCCUUGUCCAACAGGCGCAUACAUCCCGGCACCAAGGCCGCCGACAUGGCUGCCGGGCCGCCUCUUGUUCCCCUGAACGAGCUUGACUCGGCCUUCCAGCUGCAGGAACAUCUCGCCGCGUUGCACUAUCACCAUACGGGGACUGGCACGCAUGCUCUCACGCGCGCGACGGCGAUGCAGCUCGCACAGCCGCCGGCCGGCAUCGAUCGAACUCUUUGGCUGUACGAGCUCUGCCGAUUCCUCAUUUCCAAGUGCAACUCCCUCAUCGUCGGCUUCCUCUUCGACUUCCCGCCCUGCAGCGCAAUCACGUGCCCCGAGAUGCGAGCGUCCGAGUGGCAGUUUCUCUGCGCCGUGCAUGAGCAGCCGAAGAGCUGCUGCGCGAUCGACUACAGCUGCCACACGCUCGACUGGGCCGCCAACGUGGUGUCCGACCAGAAGAUCUUUCCGAGCCGCUUCGCCGUCUUGAACGACACGCAGAGCAACAACAUUGGCGUCAAGAACCUCGUCAACGUAUUCCGAAGGCUGCACCGCAUUUUCGCCCACGCUUGGUUCCAGCACCGUGCCGUCUUUUGGACGGUCGAGGGGCAGACGGGGCUCUACGUCCUCUUCAAAACAGUCUGCGACCUCUACGACUUGCUGCCCGCCGAGAAUUACAAACUUCCACCCGAGGCCGAGGGUUUGGAGGGUCCGGUUGCUGAACCGGAGCCAGAGGCGGUGCCUCCGACGAUUCUCAAACCGUUGGCACAGCAGCGCGGCAACGAAGACGACGGAUUCCACCCUGCACGGACGAACACUCGGCGGCACAUCAGGAGCAGCCCUUCGACGGGAAGUGCGGUGACGACGGUGUUGGAAGCUGACGAGGAUGAAACGGAUCUCGUCUCGAAUAGGAUGCGGAGUCUCGACAUUGCCACCGAGCGGGCCGCCGCCCCGGCGGAGGAGGAGCUGAAAAUGACGGAGAUGCCGAUCCUUGUCGAGGACCUCAUUCCGGAGCCAGUGACGCCCCAUGCCAUAUCGACGCCGGUAGCCGCUGGCGCGGGAGAAGUGCCGGGGGAAGUCUUGGGUGACGAUAAGACGACGACGAUUUUCGACCAGAAACAGGAGGGGGGGAACAAGGAAGUGACCAACAAUACGAUCAAAGAUGACGUCACCGAUACAGUGGAAGCCAUCGGGCUUGUUGAAAAAGCGAGUCUAUCUGACGCUCCCUCUGCCGCUGCAGAAUCGAAUCCGUACGCGGACCCGGUUCCGAAGUCUGCGCCCGUCUCCGAGACAGAUGAGUGGCCCAAUGCCAAGUCGACUCCGGCGGGAACAACGGCAAAGGCCGACGAGAUGGUGAAAGCCGAUCCGGCCGGCAACGACAGCGACAAGUUGAAGGAGCCAAUGGCGGCAGAAGAGUUGGCAGAGAUACUGUAA